AUGCUUAAUUGCUCUCUCUUUGACAUUAAGAAAAUUUGUGGUUAUCAAAACUUGAGUUGGACAUUUCAACAAUCUUUUGGGAGUUCCGGUGUAAUGAUCACAAUUUGGGAUAAGGAUUUUGUGGAAGUUAUAGAUUCUCUUGUGGGAGAUUAUACUCUAUCCAUCUCAUGUAUCAACAAAGCAGACAACUUUGAAUGGGUUCUAACAAAUGUUUAUGGGCCUAACAAGCCAAUUGAAAGAGAUGAUUUUUGGAUGAAGCUAGACAAUGCUUCAAGAUUAUGGGACCUUCCAUGGUGUCUUGGUGGUGACUUUAAUGUCAUUCUCAAGUGUGAUGAGAAGAAAGGUUGCAAUAAAAUCACUAAAAGCAUGAGGUAUUUUGCUAAUUUCAUCUACACACAUGAUCUCAUUGAUCUUCCUAUGAAAGGUACAGCUAGCACAGUUUUAUGGCUUAAGUUGAAAGCUCUUAAGGAGAAACUGAAAUUAUGGAAUAAAGAGGUAUUUGGUAUCACUAAUUUUAAGCUCAAUUUGAUUCUUGAAGAAAUCCAAACCAUAGAUGUUUUUGCUGAAGACAACAUCUUGUCUGGGAGUUUGGUGAAUGAGAAGAUCAAGUUGAAAACUGAGUUUGAGAAGGUUACUAAGAUGGAAGAGAUUUCUUGGAAGAUCAAGUCUAAUACAAAAUGGUUGCAAGAAGGUGACAGGAAUACAUCUUUCUUCAUUAGUCAGGCUUCUUCAAGAAGAAGAGCAAACAGGAUCAGGCAACUUUAUGUCAAUGGUGAAUUAACUACAGAUAGGGAUAAGCUUAAGGAGCACAUUGUGGGUUAUUAUGAGAACUUGUUCACAGAGGAAGAAAUUAUAAGGCCAGAGUUGUGGAUAUUGAGUUUGAAUGCAUAA